AUGGUUAGGGAUUGCCGGUAUAGGGGUAAGGCUGAUGAGGAGCGAUUGAGCUCGGAUUCACGAAAGAAAGUUACUUUUGACUCUAAUGUCAAAACCUAUGAGCCUGUUUUUUCUGAGGUCACUAGUAAUUUACCUGAGAUCAGUGAAGUUAGAGAGGUCAAGAAGAAAAAGGAGGAGGAGGAUUUUUUAGUGAGAUCAAAGCAAUCUCAGUCUUUUUCUGAAGCUAGUUCCAUCACAUCCAGCUCGGGGUCUUAUCCUUCUAAUUACAGAUAUCAAAACUGCAGAGACAGUGAAGAUGAAGAUGAUGAACUAGAUUUGGGUAGUGAUCUUGAUGAUGAUGAAGAAGGUGAAGAAGAUGACGGCGUGGUGGAUUAUGAUGAUAUCUGUGAGGACGAUGGUUCUGAUUAUGCUGAAUCAAGAAUAGCUGUGGGCAAAGCUGAUGCAAAGGAGGUUGUUGACAGUUCUUUGGUGACAAGUGAUUUGGAUGAGCGAUGCAUGAAGUUGAUUCGGGGUAAUCGAAGAGUAAGAGAUAGAAGUGUACAUGUCAAGUCUGUUUUGAACCCAGUUGAAAAUCUCACUCAAUGGAAAGCAGUUUUAGCGAAGGGGAAACCACAACUGAAGCAACCGAAAGAGAAUUUCGCAGUGGAUCAAGAACCUCGUCCUCCCUUUAGUUUGGAGCCGAGUUUCAAGGAAUUCUCUCAGCUUUAA